GGAAUACAGGCCGUGUUAUGAGAAAGGCAGAAUUAUGCCUGGAAUGGAAACCCUUCCUUUUGGACAUAGAAGAAAUAAUUUGACAUCAGCAGGACAGAGGCCUCAACAGAAACGACCAAUUACAUCGACAACACCACCACCAACUACAAUUGAUUUAAAUUUACAAGAUUUACCUGGAUCUUCAGGUUGGACAGAAACUGAUUAUAGAAAUAGAUAUUGUUCUUAA